UACAUCACUUCCGAUGGCGGCGCCCAUGAGACAGCCACCGGAGGCUGUUACUAAAGACACAUUAUUGACACCACAAACGUCUGAUCUUGAAACUUUUAAUCUUAUUUUAAACCAUGUGAUAGGCGAGAAAAAGUUAAAGACUAAUGUUUUCCUACCGUCAGCGUAUGGGUCAGCUGCUCGAAGCAAGCAGGAGCAAAUGAUCUCCGCUGCUUUCGAAAGUUGUGCAUUUAAAGCUGUUGCAAGCGGUGUGCUGGGCUUUGCUCUGGGUGGUGCAAUUGGUUUAUUCACGGUGGGUAUGGACCCGAUGUCAACUUACACGACUACGACACCAGAUCAGACACCAUCAACUCGUGCGGUAUUGAAAGAAAUGAAAGUGAGAUGCUCAUCAUAUGGAAGAAACUUUGGAACUAUUGGAUUUAUGUUUGCUGGCACUGAAUGCAUUCUUGAAACUUAUCGUGGGAAAAGUCCCUUGUCAAAUGGUACGAUAUCAGGAGCUAUAGUGGGCGGUGCUCUAGGCUUGAGAGCUGGAUUAAAAGCGGCUGCAUUUGGGGCUGCAGGUUUUGCAGUAUUCUCUACAGCGGUGGAUUAUUACUUUAGACAUUGAUAUGCACAUGUAUAGGAGUAUAUAUAUAGAGGAGAGGCAUGGAUUUAAAUAAUCUAAGUGAUAAUCUGUGAUAAAUCAAAGUGUUAUAUAUACAAAUGUAUAUACAAAUGUUUUUGUGGAAUUGUUACAGUAUUUGAGGCUUAGUAACUAUAGUGCUAGUGGCAGUAUGGCCAGUGAUAUCCCAGUAAGCUGUUCAACCCAGAAAGCUGUUAAACCCAAACGGCAAGCAAACAAAGUACUUUUUUUUCUUCAGCCUACGGAGUGAAUAGCUUAUGAUUGAUAAACAAAUUGUUUGAAAAAAGUAGCACCAGAAAGAUUACAGUCAGAAUUAAAUUAGACAACAGUUGAAAAUGACAUAUGUUCUAUAAGUUUUUGUUUUGUUUACCGAAUAAGUAAUGUUUUAGAAAGUAUUGUUUGUUCAGUGAUAGUGUGUUAAUGAUUCAUAUAGACAAACAACUUCUUGCCACUUUUUCUAUGUUUGAACUAAUGUAUGAAGGAAUAAAUAGAUUUUUCAUCUAUGAUAGUUUAUCCGGUACAAUGUGAAUAUAGUGGUUUUGUGAAAUGAUAACGAUAUUAACAAUUAAAGGUUUGUUUUUACAUUUAGAGACUUGAUUUUUUUUCUGAUUCAUGUGUUCUAUUAAUUUUUAAUGUAGGUCUGAACUACUAACUAGUGUACAAAAUUUCAGAUCAUUUUCUCACUCUGUUUUCCCAGUUGCAAGGCUUUUCACUCACCCCAAGCUUAAAACAUCAUACACAAGUUUACUUUUUCAAUUUAAUUCUGAGUAUAUAUUUUCAUUUUCUUUUGCAUAUGUAACCAUUUUCAGUACAUCUCUUGGUCUAAGCAA